CGCAGAGCGGCGCAGAGGAGCUCUCAUCCAGCUCGGUGCCAGACGCGCCGUCGACUCUCUGUUUCUGCGCCACUUUUUCUGCGUUUUGUUUGGUUUGACAGUCGGGCGACUUUAAACUUCACAUUGGUUUCAACAUUGAGGGUUUUUAGAAGUUUGUUUCCGACUUUUCUCGCCUGGUUGGAAUAUCUUUCGGGACUAAAGGUGGACACUUGGUGGCGACGCGCAGAAACCAUCUAGAAAAAGUUCCUCAGGACUUUAUUUCGGACGCAGCAGCGCGUCAGGAGGAAAACUUGUCGGUGCGACUUCGUCUGGAGUGUUUUUUUUUUGGACUGAGCCGUCCCAGAAAUGGUGGGGCACCUACAUUUACAAGCGAUGGAUGAUAGUCUGAAAGGAAAGAACCGGGAAGGGCUCCUCGACAGUCCGGAUUCGGGGUUGCCCCCCAGUCCCAGCCCGCCCUUCUGCUCUCUCUCUCCGGGUCUGAUCGAGUCGCGCUCCGGCAGCUGCACGACGCCCGUCGAGAGCCAUCAUGGAUUUUAUAAAAAGGAAAGCAGAGAAGGCAAACUGCUGCCGUACCUGCUGCUGAACUCCACGGGAUCGGACCCCAAGGCUCGCAUGUACCCCGUGUUCUUCGGAGAGAGCAUCGAGGUCAACCCCAAACCAGAGCAGGAAAUCAAGUGCAACUCAGAGGUCAAGUACGACUCCGACAAGCACUACCGGGACCAGGUCUACUGUGCCCCCGUUCCCACGGCCACCUCCUUCAGCGAGACAGUGGUGGCGGUGCGGAACUGCACUUGGAGGAGCUACAAGUCCCAGGUGUACCUGGAGCCGCGGCAGAAGCCCAUCAGCUACCAGAGCACCACCAUCAUCUACCCGAAACACGCCAAGAACACUUACCGCACCACGCUCAACUACAACGCCACGGGCUCCCGCCGCUGGUUCGUCUCCACGGUGCAGCUGGAGUCGAGCGAGGACACUAGUCCCUGCAUCAUCUACACAGAGGACCUGUAGGGUCCAGCCUGCACUGGGCGGGGGCUACCUGGUGAUCACCUUAUUUUGUUUUGGAGGACGAGGAACUCGGGAAGGCCCUACUGAAAGGGAAAUACUUCAACAGAGCCCCUAAAAACCCUGCCCUGUUCAUGUCGACUCACCGUGGAGGAACCUCUGGGAAGCCUUUAGUGAUCAUAGUCAUCUGAGUGUAUUUCGACUUUCUACUGAUGCAGUCUUUAAAAAGGGAGUCGCUCCUCCGGCAGUUCAGAGCUGCACGUCAUUGGUUAAUGUCUUAUUUAAUACAAGAGCUGACAAAUUGGUGGCCUUCAGGUUGGACCGUCGCCUCAGUGCAGUGAAGGCAACAGAUCGUAGAAGUCUGCACGUAGAGAAAAGUCGAGGUGACGCGAUUUCAGCCGAGCCUGCGCAAACCCAGUCCCACCAACGCAAAGCUUCAAUGCAGCUUUAUUGCACUUCUUUUAUAUAUCUCAGUCCUCUCUGUGGACAUGGCCUCGCGGGGAGGGGGGGGGGGGGUUCAGCGCUGCAUGUGAAAAAUUGGACCAAAGAUAGUUUGAACAAUUUAUCUCUUUUUAAUAAAUAAGAACCGUUUCAACUAACCCACAUUAAAACAGCAGCUUGUCUAGUUCAGUCAAACGUUUAACGAAGUGUCCUGAUUAUUAUGAAGCUGAAGGACGACGGCACAAUAACCACAGACCGCCUGCAGAGAUGAACUGAAUGCUUUGGUUCAGAUAAUGGAUGGAGUUAGGGGUGUUUUGGUGAACAGGUUCUUGUUUUGUGUCCAGGAGGUGCUGAAGGGCUGCAGAGCAACACGCAAUUAAUGAAGUUUGGAAAAAAAACAUCCUUAAUUAUAAUUUAUUCUGAGUUUAAAGUUAGAAACUGAGUUAAUCUGCUUCGUCAGGACUGUGUGGGUGUAGGACCACGUCAUCUACAGUGUAUCAUUGCUUUUUCAAUCAGUUUGUCUUUAACCUGCUUUUGUGCCAGAUGGUGAAGUUUGUCCCACAGGAAAGAGACAAAAAAAUGAGACACGUCUCUGUCCCAGCUGUGGACAAACUGAGGCAGAGACACUCACUCGUCCACGAGUCAAAUACAACAGCUGUCUCAGCUGUCUGGAUGCUUCAGUGUAACAAGCACUCAGCGUCGCUGUUCUGGACUGGGGGGCACCAGCUAUUUGUAAAUCUAUCGCUAACUUUGUGCUAAAUUAACUCGUCAUCAGUUUUAAACUCAUGAUUUAUUAACUCAUGUUGCACCAUUAAAACAUCUGCAGCUCUGUCCAAAAAUCACCAAUCUAAACAGGAAGCCACUGCAGCAUCACAACUCGCAGCACAACGUCCAAAAAUCACUGUUUUAAAGGGGAAACAAUAUUAAACUGAACUGCUUUUACAAAUGUAGGUAGCUAAUAUAUUAGCUUUUGUUUAAAGUGCACACAUCGAGAAAUAUAUGUCUACAAUAACCAAUUACGCUAACCUAGCUAACAUCAUUUCGUCAUAAAGUCUGAUAUUAUUAGCCUAAUGUCAAGAAUAAAUAUAUGCAUUUGUUAUGCUAACAUAGCUAAUGUAAUUUGGUCAUGAAGGCUAACUUUAUUAGCAUAAUGUUAAUAAUAGAAUGUGUUUAUUAUGCUAACCUAGCUAUUGUAAUUUGGUAAUUAAGUCUAACAUUAUUAGCAUAACGUUAAUAUAGAUAUAAUAUAAUGUGUUUAUUAUGCUAACUUAGCUAACACUAUUUGGUCAUUAUGUCUAACAUUAUUAUCAGAAAGUUAAUAAUAAAUAUUAUAGAAUAUAAUGUGUGUUUGUUAUGCUAACCUAGCUAACGUAAUUUGGUCAUUAAAUCUGACAUUAUUAGCAUAGCAUUCAGUAAUUUGAGGCAUGUUGUUACUUUGAAAUUUAAUUUAAAAUCUCCCCUGAUGUCAGUUCAGAUGUUUCAACCAGUUUCACGUGUUCUUAUUCUUCACUCUAAAACGGGUCAUACAUUAGCAAGCUAGCGUUAGCCUUGCCCGUUGGUUCAGCUAACGCUAGCUAGCAGCUACAUCUGUGCAGUUACAGGGCGUUUGUGUGCAGGUCUGUCCACCCGGUGAUCUCUUAACUAGGCUUGAAUUACGAAUAGCUGGUGACUCAAAGAGCCGUUUCCUGUUGUUUUCAGGUCGUAUCUGACAGUUUCUGAUCCAAAGUAGCUCAAAAGCAUCAAAAAUCAGAUUUCCCUGUCGAAGAUGUAAAAUAGAUUUUUAUCAUGACUUCUCUUUGUGUCUGUCUUAUAUAUUUAGAUUAUUGAACAUGGCAAAUAUUGAAACUUCAGACUUUACCUCAGAUUUUCUUAGUUAUCGGUUUUAUUUCAUUGCAAACAUGUAUUCCUGACUUUCAGCUACAGCUUGCGGUUUUGUUGUUUUUCUAGUUUGAAACGCCCUCCGGGUUUAUGGUGACGGUCGAGACGAGGGGCCGAGGCGGUGCGUCGGUGCUGGGUUUGAAUGAGGGAACAGGAAGUAGAAACACAAAGAGGAGAAAAGUCUAAAAAGUCUAGACGAGAAGAAGAAGUGGUUGUGACGGCGGCGUUUUAUACCAAACAGUUAAGUUCCUGGUGAGAUGAUGGAGCGUCGCGCGAAGUGUGGAUGGUCUGUGAAAUGUCAGAGAAAGAUGACAGGAAGUCGUUGGGUGUCCAGUUUGAUACGUCGCUGGUUUUAUGUGAGAUACUUUUGUUUCCUAACACUUGAUUUUGUUACUGUAAAAUAUUUCCUGUUGUAUAUGUGGCAUCGAGGCACUUCAUAAUUCUUUAUAUUUUUGUACGUCAAUCAUCGUUCCUGUUCUGAUCAAAGGAAAUAAUUUAAAAAGAUGUAUAUCCUAAAUGAAUAAAAAAAAGCAGUUCCCAAAGCCUGA